AUGUCACCUGCAAUGAACCCUGUGAGGCCAUCAGAAAAUCGACACGGAAGGGGACUACCUGCUCUGCAGUUGAAGAACCAGAUCAAAGCACUUCUGGUUGACAGCGACAGGUCUUGUCAAAUGGCACAGUCUAGCUUUCUUCGAUACUAUGGUGUCGAGACUCAGACUGCUACCAAUGGCCUGUCUGCAUAUAUGCUUGCUUCCAAUUCAAGCUUUGACCUCAUUAUCAUUGACAUUAGCCUUCCUGUCAUGAAUGGGCUUGAGGCUAUUAGGUAUAUGCGUGCCCGAGGCGUUACUUGCAAGAUUGUAGGCAUGGCUGGUUGCUGGUGUGAAAUGCAUAAGCAAGCAAUUCUUGAUGCUGGGGCUGACAUAGCAAUGGAGAAGCCAUUAUUCCUGGGGACAAUGGUGCCGAUCCUGAGGGAGCUUGAUGGCGAACUUUAA